AUGAACCGAAAGAAGCUACAGAAGUUGACGGACACCUUAACUAAAAAUAGCAAGCAUUUUAAUAAAUUUGAAGUGAACUGUCUCAUAAAGCUUUUCUAUAACUUGGUGGGAGAUGUGGAGCGGCCAGGUAUGGUCAUUGGACUAGAUCGUAAUGCAUUUCGAAACAUCCUACACACAACAUUUGGAAUGACAGACGACAUGAUCAUGGACAGAGUAUUCCGAGGUUUUGAUAGAGACAAUGAUGGCUGUGUGAAUGUGUCCGAGUGGGUUCAUGGAUUAUCUGUGUUUCUUCGAGGAACUUUAGAAGAAAAAAUGAAAUAUUGCUUUGAAGUGUUUGAUUUGAAUGGUGAUGGCUUUAUUUCGAAGGAGGAAAUGUUUCACAUGUUGAAGAACAGCCUUCUCAAACAGCCAUCUGAGGAAGACCCUGAUGAAGGAAUUAAAGAUUUGGUUGAAAUAACACUUAAGAAAAUGGACCAUGACCAUGAUGGAAAGCUGUCUUUUGCAGACUAUGAAAAAGCUGUGAGAGAAGAAACUCUUUUGCUGGAAGCUUUUGGACCUUGCCUACCUGAUCCAAAGAGCCAGACAGGAUUUGAAGCCCAAGUAUUCAAAGAUCCAAAUGAUUUCCAAGACAUGUGA